ACGCCAAGUUAUCAAACUGGAUUUUGCUACGGUAGAAAACAAAUAGGCCGGAUUUAUUGGAUUUUACAGUACAUGGUACUGUAACGACUUGGAACGAAAAAGGACUUUUCUCUUUCUUUUUUUAAGUAAUGCAAGCAGCAGCAAUGGAAGAAUCUAACGCAAUCAACGUUGAACAACAACAAGAUCAAGAACAACAAUCUACUACCACCACCAACAACUAUCAAGAGCAAACGGAACAACAGCCACCAGCAUCACCAACAUCGGUAGCUACACCAACUAGCACCACUAGCGAUGGAACCGCCAGCGGUAAUGCCGCCUUUAGCUAUGAUGAUUUGUUCCCAGCUUUACCAGCUAAUACCUCGGCUCCAGUUGGCAAUACCGCCGGUCCACCAUGUGUACGCGUAAGCAGCUCAACAAAAACUCAUAUUUUACGCUUGGCUGGCGAAGAACGCAAAUCAACCGACUCCGAGAAAUUCGGCGAAGGCGAAUCGAAACGUAUUUGCCUUCAAAUUUCGAAAGAAACUGGUGCUCAAAUUGAAAUUUCCAGCGGCAAAGAUCAUUCGCUCACCUUCCUCAUCAAGGCGAAACAAAACGAAUUGCUCGAUGCUCGUCGUAAAAUUCUUAUGCAUUUCUCGACUCAAUCGAGCCGUUCCAUUUCCAUACCCAAGGAUCAUCAUCGUAUCAUUUUGGGUAAGGCUGGACAACGUUUGCGUGGAAUCGAACAGGCCACGGCCACCAGAAUCACCAUUCCCAAUCAGAAUGAUGAUAGCGAUAUUAUAACUAUUGCCGGUACCAAGGAGGAUAUUGAAAAAGCCGAACAGGAAAUUCGUCAAUUGUCGGCCGAACAAUACAAGAAUACGACCGAUCGUAUUUCGGUACCUAAGAUCUAUCAUCCGUUCAUUGUUGGUCCCUACAAUGAGAAUUUGAACAAGAUCAUGGAGGAGACGGGUGCCAAGGUCAAUGUUCCACCACAGUCGGUGCAAAAGGAUGAGAUCAUCAUUAAGGGUGAUACCGAUGGUGUGGCCGCCGCCAAGGCAAAGGUGGAAGCCAUUUACAAGGAAAUGGAAAAGAAAUGCACCACCGUCAGUGUGGAGGUAGCCAAGGCCCAACAUCGUUAUGUUAUCGGUCCCAAGGGUUCAACCAUUGCUGAAAUUCUUCAAUUCACUGGAGUCUCGGUAGAAAUGCCUCCACUCGAUUCGCCACUGGAGACCAUAACCUUGCGUGGACCCCCCGCAGCCUUGGGCAAUGCCCUGACUGUGGUCUACGAAAAGGCCAACUCGGCGAAGUCGGUCGAAAUUGACGCUCCCCACUGGAUUCACAAGUAUGUGAUAGGCCGCAAGGGCGCCAACAUGAAGAAGCUGGAGGAAGAGUGCCCCAAUGUGAACGUCAACUGCCUUGAGGACAAGAUUAAGCUGGAGGGUGAUCCCGAAAAUGUUGACAAGGCAGCUGCCUACCUCAACGACAUUGUCAGCAACUAUCAGCAAAACUACACCGUUGUUGUGAUGCGCGUCAACCCGGCCUAUUACAAGCACAUCAUUGGUAAGGCCGGCGCCAAUGUGAAUCGCCUCAAGGAGGAUCUCAAUGUUAACAUCAACAUCGAAGAACGUGACGGCGAGAACAACAUUCGCAUCGAAGGUCCCAAGGAGGGCGUUCAGAAGGCUCAACUUGAAUUACAAGAAAAAAUCGACAAACUGGAAAAUGAAAAAUCGAAGGAUGUCAUCAUCGAUCGUCGCCUUCAUCGCCAGAUCAUCGGCGCCAAGGGCGAGAAGAUCCGUGAAGUUAAGGACCGUUACAAGAAUGUGAUGAUCGUGAUUCCCACGCCCCAGGAGAACACCGAUAUCGUUAAACUGCGUGGCCCCAAGGAGGAGGUGGACAAGUGCCACAAGGACCUCCUGAAACUGGUCAAGGAGAUCCAGGAGUCGUCGCACUUCGAGGAGGUGCCCAUCUUCAAGCAAUUCCACAAGUUCAUCAUUGGCAAGGGUGGUGCUAACAUCAAGAAGAUCCGUGACGAAACCCAGACCAAGAUCGAUCUUCCUGCCGAGGGCGAUACCAACGAGGUGAUUGUCAUUACCGGCAAGAAAGAGAACGUUCUUGAGGCCAAGGAACGCAUUCAGAAGAUCCAGAACGAAUUGGCCGACAUCGUUACCGAAGAAGUACAAAUCUCGCCCAAAUACUACAACUCUAUCAUUGGCACUGGCGGCAAAUUAAUUUCGUCCAUUAUGGAAGAGUGCGGCGGUGUCUCAAUCAAGUUCCCCACCAGCGAAUCGAAGAGCGACAAGGUAACCAUCCGCGGUCCCAAAGAUGACGUGCUCAAGGCCAAGGCACAGCUCUUGGAAUUGGCCAACGAACGCCAGCUGGCUUCCUUCACUGCCGAAGUACGUGCCAAGCAACAACAUCACAAGUUCCUCAUUGGCAAAAAUGGCGCUUCCAUUCGUAAAAUACGCGAUGCCACCAAUGCCCGCAUUAUCUUCCCCGGACCCGACGAUGCCGACAAAGAGGUCAUCACCAUUAUUGGCAAGGAGGAGAAUGUCAAGCAGGCCAAGGAGCAAUUGGAGGCCAUUAUUAAGGACAUCGAUUUGGUCACCGAGGGUGAAAUCACCGUCGAUCCCAAAUACCACAAACAUUUUGUGGCCAAGCGUGGUGAGAUCUUGCAUCGCAUUACCGAAGAAUGCGGUGGUGUUAUGAUAUCAUUCCCCAAACACGGUGUCGACUCCGAUAAGGUGACUCUGAAGGGUGCCAAGGACUGUAUUGAGGCCGCCAAACAACGCAUCUCCGAAAUCGUGGCCAAUCUUGAGGCUCAGGUCACCAUUGAAGUAGUCAUACCUCAACGCUUGCAUCGCACCAUUAUGGGACUACGUGGCUCAAAGGUCCAACAGGUGACCACCGAACACGAUGUACAAAUCAAGUUCCCCGAUCGCGAUGCCACCGAACCCGUUGAGGGCUUGGAGAAUGGCACGAAUGGCAGCAUUGACGGUGUUGCCACCGAUGAACCUGUGCGCCAAUGUGAUAUUAUUCGCAUUACCGGUCCCAUUGACAAGUGUAAUGCUGCCAAACAGGCUCUCAUCGAUUUGGUACCCGUCGUCGAAGAGCUAACCGUUCCUUAUGAUUUGCACCGCACCAUCAUCGGUCCCAAGGGUGCCAAUGUACGCGAAUUUAUGUCCACCUACGAUGUGCACAUCGAAUUGCCACCCAGCGAAGCUAAAUCGGAUAUUGUCAAGGUAUCCGGUACCCCAGCUCAUGUGGCCGAGGCCAAGAAGGCAUUGGACAAAAUGAUUGAGGAGUAUGAAGCCGAUCGUGCCGAUCGUGAGCUACGUUCAUACGCAUUGCAAAUCGAUGUUGAUCCCGAAUACCAUUCCAAACUGAUUGGAAAACGUGGUGCCGUCAUUAACAAAUUGCGUGCCGAUCACAAGGUCAACAUAUCAUUGCCCAAGCGUGGUGAUCCCAACCAGAGCACGAUCACCAUAACCGGCUACCAGGCGAAUGCGGAGGCAGCUCGUGACGCCAUUAUGGAAAUUGUUGGUGAAAUGCAAAAUCUGCACCGUGAAGUGAUUGAAAUAGAUACACGUAUACAUUCGCAUAUUAUUGGUCAACGUGGUAGAACUAUUCGUAAGCUUAUUGAAGAUUACAAGGUCGAUAUUAAAUUCCCCUCACCCGAAGAGGCCAAGACAAAUCCCGACGCUGUCACCAUUAUUGGCAAGGAAGAAGAUGUGGAAAAUGCCAAGGAAGCUAUCCUCAAUAUGGCUGAAGAUUAUGCACGUGACUAUUUAGAAAACUUGCCACCUUCACCUCAACCCCAGACUGUUGGUGCUUUCCUACCCGGUAAUAAUGCUGAAAAUGGAUUCAUCAUUAAGGAUGCCCCAUGGGAGAAGACAAACCAAGACAAGAAGGGCGGCAAAGCCUCAGCACCAAAUACUCAAUCCCAAGAAGAUUUCCCAGCCGUAGGUGGUGCACCAGUAUCAGCAGCUCCCAUGACAUCCGUUUGGGGUCCCAAAAACUAAAA